AUGUUAAAUUAUAUUAAUGAUUUAGAAGAAGAUGAUUUUAGUCAUUCAAAAGCUACAACCUCAACAACUUUAUCUUCAUCAUCUUCAUCUUCAUUUAAGAAUAUAUCAAACAGAAAGAAAUUAGGUAAACCUAUAUUAACUUUUAACAACAAUAAUAAUAAUAGUAGUAACAGUAAUCAUAAUAACAAUAACAGAGGUGGUAAAAGUAAAGUUAUACCGAUAAUGUCAAGUUAUUCAGAGUUUAAUAAAAAGAAGAAACAAAUGAAUGGCGGAAAAGUAGGUGGUGGAUCACCUUUGGGAAGUAGACACUCUUUUGAACAUGAAGAGAAUUCCGAUGGUGAAAACAGUAAUAAUACCUAUGACGAUGAAGAUACUUUAGAGGAAGAAGAUAUCAUACCUAUAAUCAACGGAAAAAGAGGUAGAUACGAAGAUAAUAAUAAUAACAACAAUAAUAAUAAUAAUGGCAAUAUUGUUGAAAAAGAAGAAGAAAAGGAUUCAAAGUAUUUCAAGUUGUUUAAUGACUAUCAACAGGAAGAGGAAGAGAGAAAGAAAGAAACACAACAUAAGAGACCAAAGAUAGAGUUUCAAACAAAUAUGUAUCAUUAUCAGAAUCAGAAUAAUAACAAUAAUAACAGCAGGCAUAAUGGUCAUGGAAAGAAUAGUAAUCAUAAUGGAUAUUCUCAUACCAACAAUGUUAAUGGCAGUGGAAAUACACACCAUCAUAAUAAUAAUGAUAACAAUGAUAAUAAUACAAUUGUAGUUGAUGAUAGUGAUGAAGAAAAUACUCCAACAACUACUACAACCACUACAACAACAACGACUACAUCAUCAUCAUCGUCAUCAUCAAACAAUAGACCUAAAAGAAAUCCAGAACAACUUGUUUAUAAUUCAGUUCCAAUCAUUCAUAAUAAUAAUCAUAGUAGCAGCGGCAGCAGAUUGAAUAUGACUUCUAGUCAUCCAAUUACUAGAAGUGGAACAGCUCAGAGAAAUAACAGUGCCAGCUCCUCCUCGACCACUACCACCACCACCAACAACAACCGAGCUUUACCAGAGUUACGAAGAAACAAUACUGCGCCACCAGUUGUACAAUCACAUGCCCCUCCACCUCCUCAAAGAGCUGCAAGAAAAUCCAACAAACGAUCAACGACUACCACCACCACUACAACUACCACAAACAAUCGUAAUAACAAUGUACAUUUAAAUAAUAACCUUGCUACUGUAAAUGAUAAUGGAACGACUGACCUUGACAACGAAUUGGCAUUGGCAAUAAGCAUAACGGAUACACCACCACGCGCAAACCAUCGUCAUAACAAUCAUAAUCACAAUCAUCGUAAUACUAAUAAUAACCAACAACAUGUACAAGAGCAAUUGGACUAUCAGGUCGCACUCCAACUUCAACUGCAGUUCCAACAAUUAGAACAACAACAACAACAACAGCAACAAACCCAUCAAGAAUUGAACCGUCAACUUCACCAACGUGCAAUCAAUCAUAGAAUAUAUGAAAGAUUCCAACAGCAACAGAAUCAACGUCACCAUCAUUAUCAUCCACAUGCUCAUGCACAUGGACAUCCACAAGUCGAUCCGAAUCUCUUCAACUUGAUGGCAAUCAAUAGAGAUUUCAAUGAGAAUGAUUAUGAAAUGUUGUUAAGAUUAGAUGAAAAUGUAAAUAAUAAGGGUGCCAAUAUACAAUCUAUAAAGACUCUACCAAUAAGAAAGAUAGAGAAAAACACAAAGAUUGAAACCUGUUGUAUCUGUUUAUCACAAAUGGAGGUUAAUGAAGAAGUUAAAACUUUACCAUGUUUACAUUUCUUUCAUAUUGACUGUAUAGAUCAAUGGCUGAAAGUUAAUAAGAUAUGUCCUAUCGAUAAACAAUCAAUUACUGAAUAA